CUCUCUCUCUAUAAUAUAGACAACGCAAUUGAUAGAAAAUCUCUCUCUCUCUCUCUCUCUCUCUCUCUGAGCACUAAGAACAUGCAGAUCUUCGUAAAAACAUUAACGGGAAAGACGAUCACUUUGGAGGUAGAGAGCAGCGACACCAUCGAUAAUGUCAAGGCUAAGAUUCAGGACAAGGAAGGUAUCCCACCUGAUCAGCAGAGAUUGAUUUUUGCUGGUAAACAAUUGGAAGAUGGCCGUACUCUUGCAGAUUACAAUGUCCAGAAAGAGUCAACACUUCACCUGGUCUUGAGGCUCAGGGGAGGAACCAUGAUUAAGGUGAAGACUCUCACUGGGAAAGAAAUUGAAAUUGAUAUCGAACCAACUGAUACCAUUGAUCGGAUCAAGGAACGGGUGGAGGAGAAAGAAGGAAUUCCUCCAGUACAGCAAAGGCUCAUUUAUGCUGGCAAGCAGCUCGGAGAUGACAAAACAGCUAAAGACUAUAACAUCGAAGGUGGCUCUGUACUUCAUCUUGUGCUCGCGCUUAGAGGUGGUGGCAUGUAGAUUAUGCUAGUGCUUGGAAUUUUACUUGUUCAGCUUUUAUUGCAUACUAGUAUUUGACGAAUUACUGGGUUUGCAAGUAGUGUGUGGAAAAACGAAGAAACCUUCUUGUCAAAAACACCUUCUAAUUGACUAUCUCGUUUGUUUUA